AUGGUUAAAAAGGCAGGGUUAAUCAGCUCUUUCUUAUUCCUUUCAGAGAACAGAAAAUUUACUGGAGAUAAACCUCUUGAAUAUAGUCAAUGUGGGAAGGCCUUCAGGAGCAAGAAGCAUCUUGCUGUGUGUCAAAGAGUUCAUACUAGAGAGAAACUUUAUCAAUGUAGUGAAUGUGGGAAGGCCUUCUGGAAGAAGUCACAUCAUACUGAGCAUCAGAGACUUCAUACUGGAGAGAAACCUUAUCGGUGUAGUGAAUGUGGAAAGGCCUUCAGGAUUAAGUCAGAGCUUACUGUGCAUCAGAGAAUUCAUACUGGUGAGAUACUUUAUGAAUGUACAGACUGUGGGAAGGCUUUCCCCUACCACUCACAUCUUACUCGACAUCAAAAAAUUCAUACUGGAGAGAAACCUUAUGCAUGUAGUGAAUGUGGUAAAGCCUUCAGGUGCAACUCAGCACUUACAGCACAUCAGAGAAUUCAUGCUGGAGACAUUCUUUAUGAAUGUAAGGAGUGUGGCAAGGCUUUCCCCUACAACUCAUAUCUUACUAAGCAUCAAAAAAUUCAUACUGGAGAGAAACCUUAUGAAUGUAGUGAAUGUGGGAAGGCCUUCAGGUACAACUCACAACUUACAGGGCAUCAGAGAAUUCAUACUGGGGACAUUCUUUUUGAAUGUAAGGAGUGUGGGAAAGCUUUCCCCUACAAUUCAUAUCUUACUAAACACCAAAAAAUUCAUAGUGGAGAAAAACCUUUUGAAUGUAGUGAAUGUAGGAAGGCCUUCAGAAGUAAGAAACAACUUGCUGUGCAUCAGAGAAUUCAUACUGGAGAGAAACCUUAUGAAUGUAGUGAAUGUGGGAAGGGCUUCAGGAGUAAGUCAGAGCUUACUGUGCACCAGAGCAUACAUACUGGAGAGAAACCUUAUGAAUGUAAUCAAUGUGGAAAGGCCUUCAGGAUUAAGAAACAACUUACUAUGCAUCAGAGCAUUCAUACUGGAGAGAAACCUUUUGAAUGUAGUGAAUGUAGGAAGGCCUUCAGGAGUAAGAAACAACUUGCUGUGCAUCAGAGAAUUCAUACUGGAGAGAAACCUUAUGAAUGUAGUGAAUGUGGGAAGGGCUUCAGGAUUAAGUCAGAGCUUACUGUGCACCAGAGCAUACAUACUGGAGAGAAACCUUAUGAAUGUAGUGAAUGUGGAAAGGCCUUCAGGAUUAAGAAACAACUUACAGGGCAUCAGAGAAUUCAUAGUGGAGACAUUCUUUAUAAAUGUAAGGAGUGUGGGAAGCCCUUUCUGUGCAACUCAAAACUUGUACAGCAUCAAAGAAUUCAUUCACAAGAGAGACCUUAUGGAUGUAGUGAAUGUGGGAAGGCCUUUAGAUGUAAGUCACAGCUUACUGUACAUCAGAAAAUUCAUACUGGAGAAAAACCUUAUGAAUGUAGUGAAUGUGGAAAGGCCUUCAGGAAUAAGGGACAUCAUACUGUGCAUCAGAGAAUUCAUACUGGAGAGAAGCCUUAUGAAUGUACUGAAUGCAGAAAGGCCAUCAGGAGUAAGGAACAACUUAUAGUUCAUCUGAGAGUUCAUACUGGAGAGAAACCUUAUGAAUGCAGUCAAUGUGGAAAGGCCUUCAGGAGUAAGGCAGAGCUUACUGUGCACCAGAGCAUACAUACUGGAGAGAAACCUUAUGAAUGCAGUCAAUGUGGAAAGGCCUUCAGGACUAAGAAACAACUUACUGUGCAUCAGAGCAUUCAUACUGGAGAGAAACCUUGUGAAUGUACUGAGUGUGGAAAGGCCAUCCGGAGUAAGGAACAACUUAUAGUUCAACUGAGAGUUCAUACUGGAGAGAAACCUUUUGAAUGUAGUGAAUGUGGGAAGGCCUUCAGGAGUAAUUUCCCAACUUAAAUUGCAUCAGAAAAUUCAUUCUAGAGAGAAACCUUAUGAAUGUAGAGAAUGUGGAAAGGUCUUCAUGACAAAAA